AUGCCGGUUGCAUCAUCUACGCGGAAAAUGACGACUAAGCAGAUCAAUCGUAUCAUCGAGAAGUUGGAUUGGAAAGAAGUCGAAGCUGCUUUGUUCUCUGCCGAGCGCGAUGCCUCGUAUCCAGCAUUUGAAGAUGGAAAAAUCUACAUCGUCGAGCUUCCAACUGGACUCCACGAGACCUUCUCCCGUUUCCUAGACGUUGCUCUGUUGACUGCGACUGGGACAUUCGAUCAGCAUUUGGAGUCGCGUGGAUCGGCCUACGUGGGAAGUCUCCGAAAAUUCGAGCCCGAUUGUAGCUUUGGUCCUGCUCCUGGUGUUGGCUCCAUUUUUCCCGUAGGAAUGUCAUGGUCCGGAUACCACACAAAAGCAGAUCUAUGGAGGAAAUUUCCUGGUGUCGAAUAUAAUUUCUGCAUUUGUCUAUCACCAGUGCUGCGAGUUCGUCAGUAUAAACUCUACACGGUGGAUGAUGCUAUCGUUACACCGACCAUUAUAACAUUCAACUCGCGCCAUCUCUUAGGCCUCGUUAUACGUCGUCGCAUUCCUCCAGGCUUCUCUCGCCCCAAUUUUGUGUUUGUUUUAUUCCCGCUCAUUGAGAGGUUAAUUCGUGAAGUCGUGUCUAGAGUUCAGGCAAUCAAAAAUUUGACCGGAGAGCUCUAG